AUGGCAAUUUUCAUCUGGUGUCUGCUCAUGUUAAGGACGGAAGUUCAAGAUCCUUAAAUAGACCUGCUACAAAGGUGAAACAUCCCCCAAAGCAUUCAAAGGACAUAGACUACAACACAAAAUGGAAGGAAUGAAUCUCAAACACGACCCAGUAAUGCCCAGAUCCAUAUUUGCUUGGGAUUAUGUUCUCUGGGAAGUACGUUUGAAAAUAAUAGCGGUUGGCUUCUUCCUAUACUUGGGAAUAUUUUCUCUCUCGCAUUGCCUGUCUUCAUGGAUGAGCAUCACGUACCGCUUGCUCCCUUCAAAGGAGAAAGUCUUCUGGAACCUGGCGGUUACCCGGGGUGUAUUUGGCAUCCAGAGCUGCGCUGCCGGGUUGUGGGCCUUGCUUUUUGAUCCUGUUUUUCAAGCUGACAAGGUGUAUGCGCAACAGGACUGGAGCUGGUUCAAUUGCCUAAUAGCCUCUGGAUUCUUCUUGCUUGAAAAUGUAGCCGUUCACUUAUCCAACGUUGUCUUCAGAACUUUUGACUUGUUCUUAGUUGUUCACCAUUUGUUUGCCUUAGGUGGCUUUAUUGGUUUGAUUACCAACAUAAAGUCCGGACAUUAUUUACACUUGAUGGGAAUACUACUUGAGAUGAGCACGCCUUUUACCUGCAUAUCGUGGAUUCUUUUAAAGGUUGGUUGGUCCAACACUUUCUUUUGGAAGGCAAACCAGUGGGUCAUGAUCCAUAUGUUUCACUGCCGCAUGGUCCUUACUUAUCAUAUGUGGUGGGUUUGCCUUUCCAACUGGAACGCUGUGCUGGAGAAUCUGGGACUUCUGCAUUUUACUGUCGUAUUUGUUGGACUGGCUGUGGUCACUUCGAUACUUAAUCCUUACUGGAUGUACAAAAAGACUCAUCAGCUCCUCAACCCCAUUGACUGGAAUUUUGCCAACAGGACAAUGAAAAACGGUUCAUCCAAAAAACUGAAUGGAGAAGUGUUCCAGAAGAAAGAGCUUUGAUGCUAAUUUUUUGCACUUCUUGGAGCAGCAAUAAGAUUGGGCUGGAAGGAUGCAGGGCAGGUUGCCAGUUAGCAUUAUGAAGCUUCUCUUUGUUAAUUAAGAGAUCUCAAUCAUAUUUAUUACUAGGUUUUUUUUGUUUUCUUAUCAGUAUUAACCCAACAAUCAGAGUGUUGCUAACCUAAUGAAUAUAUAUGUUUUGUGGAUCAAUCUUGAACUGUGGGCACAUUUUAGAUAUAUUGGAAGAAAUAUAUUGAACGAAAUUUACUCAGGCUUAAUAUUUCUUGAUCGUGAGGAAUCCAGACAUGUACAAACAUAACCCAGUGUUUCUUGUAGUCACAGUCUUGCUAGUCUUUGACAAACCUGUUCAGUUCAAACAGUGCAAGCCUUUCACACCUGGGUAGAAAACCAUUCAAGUUUGUCCUGACUAAACAGGAGAAGAAUUAAAUGUUCACACCAAUUCUUCCUUCUCUUGUUGCUUCAUGUGCCACCUCUGCUCCUGAGAGUCCCAUCUCCCCAACUUGAUAGAGUAGGUUGAGGAAGUAAUAGAAAAAUCAUCCUCUCUUUUUUUUUUCUGCCAGUGGGAUUCCUCCACUGAAUCAAAAGCCUUUUAGGGACAAAAGAUAUCCUUCUGUUUGUAGAAGAUAAAGCCUGAGCCAAAGUGAAUGUUUCUUUCUGCCCAACAUAGGCAAAGGUAAAGGUUUCCCUUUUCGUUAAAUCUAGUUGUGUCCAACACUGGAGGGUGAUGCUCAUCUCCAUUUGUAAGCGGAAGAGCCAGUGUUGUCCGUAGAUGCCUCCAAGGUCAUGUGGCCAGCAUGACUGCAUAGAGUGCUGUUACCUUCCCACCAAGGCGGUAUCUAUUGAUCUACUCACAUUUGCAUGUUUUCGAACUGCUAGGUUGGCAGAAGCUGGGGCUAACAGCGGGAGCUCACCCUGUCCCAUGGAUUCGAACCACCAACUUUCCAGUCAGCAAGUUCAGCAGCUUAGCAGUUUAACCCACUGCGCAACUAGGGGGGCUCUGCCUAAGAUAGGAGCGUUAAAAUUUUGACCCUGAUUACUAGUCAUAGAUAAGAACACAUGAUCCAAACCUGAGUUGUAAGAGUGGAGAAUAGCACAUUUCAGUUAUAUUUCAGGGAGAAAGAUUGGACUCUUCCCCCAUCCCAACAGCCAUUGCCCUGGUAUCAGAGAAAGAGAAGAAGAGGCAGACAUAGCUCCAUUGUGCCUAGCCCAGAACCAGAUAAAAGUCAUUCCUCUACCCCUCACUGCUUCUGACCAAGAGAAGAGUAGACCAGGACAGCUCUAUCAUGUCUAAAAUCAAAAUUAGAUUAAAGCCCUCCCUUCAUCCCAGCAGCCACUGCCCUGGCCUCUAACUGAGAGAAGAAGAGGUGGGCAUAGCUCCAUUGUGCAAAGGCCUAGAAACAGAGAAAAGGCCCUCCUUCCAUCCCAGCUGCCACUGCCUUGGCCUCUGAAGAAGAGGAGAAGAGGUUGUGUCUUAAUUAGAUUGUAAAUGGCAGGGAACUCUUCUGUUAUUCUUUGAUUUGUAAAGCACUCUAUAAAUCAAUGAUGAUUCAAUAAUAAAGUGAAACUUGUUUUAAA